AUGGCUCGCCGGCUAGUUCGAGCGAGCGUACAGCUCGGUCUAGUUGCAACAUUCAUUCUCCUCGUUAUCGUCUUCCUCGACAGUCGAUUCAGUGUCCUUCCCUCAUCCAUCCACGGCCACCUUCCGUCGCAUUAUUCCGGCUACGUGAUCACAGAUAUAACCGUCACUAAAUGCUCCUCCCUCAACCCAUUCUCGAGCUGCAAGCUUGACCCUGAAACCUGGUACCGCGUUGAUAAAGAUCUGUACCUUCGCUCGGGCUGGACCUCGAGUGCCUACGUUCAGUUCAAGCGGAAAAAGGAGGAAGAACUGGGCGCCGACGACAAAGUAGUCAUCGACUUGAAGAUUAGCCGUCUUACUCCACCGUCUGAAUACGUUGCUGGUCAAGCAGAAAUCGAAGCGUGGGAGCCACGGCCAGGUGGCAUUUGGCUCAAGCGCUCUUCUUCCCGCCAUGCAAGCGACUCCCAUACUGCCGUGACCUACAUCGAUGUUCUUUAUGGAGCGGACGCUGUCGACCCUCGACCCAACUGGGAGGUCAAAGACACCCCGAUUCUUCUGGACAGCUCGACGGAGCAGCUGGAGACUCGCCUGAGCAUUCGGAGAGGACACCCUCAAGCAAAACCCAAGCCCGUGCCAAGAAUCAAUGAGAACGGAAAGUUCAAAGUGAUGCAACUGGCAGAUCUUCACAUGAGCACGGGUCUCGGUGCUUGCCGUGAUCCUGUUCCCAUCGAAGCCGUGGCUGGUCAAAAAUGCGAGGCCGAUCCUCGAACCUUGGAAUUCGUCGAAAGGCUUCUUGAUGAGGAGAAACCAGAUAUGGUUGUUUUCUCCGGAGAUCAGAUCAACGGAGAGACCGCCCCAGAUGCACAGAGUGCGCUUUAUAAGUCCGUGAAGCUCUUGGUCGACCGGAAGAUUCCGUAUGCCGCUAUAUUCGGAAACCACGAUGACGAAGGCGACCUUAACCGAGAGCAACUCAUGAACAUUUACAAGGACCUACCUUACUCCCUUUCCGUCGCCGGUCCCGAAGACAUCGAUGGAGUUGGAAACUACAUUGUCGAAAUCCUCGACCGGGGCAAGAGUGCUCACUCUGCCCUCACUUUCUACCUCCUUGACACACACUCCUACUCUCCCGAUGAACGUCAAUUCCGCGGCUAUGAUUGGAUCAAGCCAAGUCAGACAAGGUGGUUCAAAAACACCGCGCAAAGUCUGCGAACAAAACACAAAGAAUAUUCACAUAUUCACAUGAACGUGGCGUUCAUUCACAUCCCGCUUCCUGAGUAUCGUACUCAAGGGAAGUACUUCAAAGGCAAAUGGAUGGAAGCCCCCACAGCCCCAGGGUUCAACUCUGGAUUCAAAGAUGCCCUCGAAGAAGAGGGUGUCUUAUUCGUCAGUUGUGGACACGACCACGUGAACGACUAUUGCAUGCUUGAGCAGGACGCCACCAACAAGCCUUCUCUCUGGAUGUGCUAUGGCGGCGGUGUUGGGCUAGGUGGUUACGGCGGCUACGACAACUAUGUCCGACGAGUCCGCUUCUACGACUUCGACAUGGGCCCCGGUCGUGUUACGACAUACAAGCGUCUUGAAUGGGGUCAGACCGAAGCCAAGAUCGAUGAGAUGAUGAUCGUAGACGGAGGUACGGUCAAUAGCCCCGAGGAAGCCUCAUGA